AGUCGGAAUGGAUUUAAGGGUCGGCGAGAUCAUUUUGAGAGUGCGAGAGGUAGCGUUUCGGCGGCCGAAUUGGCUGAAAACGGUAACUACGCACUAAGCAGGAGGUGUGUUGCUGCUGCUCACCUUCACAUGGCGAUUCGACGAGAGCGGGCGGCGGCCGGCUAGAAGGGUCUGGCGAGGCGGCCGCGCAUAGUAGUCGGCCGCCGAACGAGCAAAUCGGACCCAAGAUUCACUUGACUCACAAUUACGUGCGCUGCACGACACACACGACGAGAAACAUUGCUUCGACUGCGCUGCUCUAGGUCCGUCUACUCCGUCUACCACUGCAGUAAGACGGCGCUGCCGAACGCUGCGCCCGACGCACCACGCCCUCCUUACCGCACCAUUGCGUUGCGCGCCGACGCCAUCGUGGAUGUUGUCUACCCUUUUACGAAUCGUCAGACCAAAAGUCACCAAACCAAAAUUGGCUGUUUAUGUUUUGGCGAUGUGACAGCCGUCGGAGCCGAAUAUUAUAAAGUUUUUAAUUAAAAGUCGUAGAAAGUUUUAGAAUUUUUGUAUAUUUUUGCUCGGGAAAAUGUCGGGCUCCACCGGAGGACUGGAGGACGUCGGCAUUCCCGGCCAGGUAUUCCUCCGAGACGCCCUCACAAGCUGCACCGACCCUCUCAAAGCUAUUGAGAGCUUUCAGAUGGAAAAUGGAAUUCUGUUGCCUUCACUAAGGCCGAUGCUGCCGCUCCUUGAUUUGCACGACGUUCGCCGGCUCGAUUUUCACAACUCGGUUCUUGAGGAGUUGAGAGAGAAACUUCUAAGUCAAAUAAACGAAAUUGGACAGAAGGAGCCCAAGGAGAGGGACAAAAAGUUGAAGGAGCUGCUGGCCAAAAGUUUUCCGGUCAUCAGGGUCAAGUCCCUACGACCUGUGGUCAUGUGCAUCCUCAGGAACACUCCCCACAUCGAUGAAAAGUACCUGAAAGUCUUGGUGAGAGACCAAGAGUUGUACAACGACACAGACACCGAGGUGAAGCGGCAAAUUUGGAAGGACAACCAAUCUCUGUUUGGUGAUGAGGUCUCGCCACUUCUCAGUCAGUACAUUCGGGAAAAAGAAAAGGUUCUCUUUGACCACGAAAACCUCAACUCGCUCUUCUUCUCGCCAUCACCAAAAAUUCGUCGACAAGGGGAGGUGGUGCAGAAAUUGGCCAACAUGGUAGGUAACUCGGUGCGCCUCUACGACAUGGUGCUGCAGUUCCUGCGGACGCUGUUCCUGCGAACCCGCAACGUGCACUACUGCACCCUGAGGGCAGAGCUGUUGAUGGCUCUCCAUGACCUGGAGGUCCAAGACAUUAUAUCGGUGGACCCUUGUCAUAAGUUCACCUGGUGCUUGGACGCAUGCAUCAGGGAGAAGAACGUGGACAUCAAACGCUCAAGAGAGCUGCAGGGCUUCCUGGAUAGCAUAAAAAGGGGUCAAGAGCAAGUCCUUGGUGACCUUUCCAUGACCUUAUGUGACCCUUACGCAGUCAACUUCCUUGCCACCUCCGCUAUGAAAAUCCUUACUCACCUUAUCAACAACGACAGCAUGCCCAGGGAAAAUACAAUCCUUAUCCUGCUGCUGAGAAUGUUGGCCUUGGGCUUGAGUGCUUGGCAAAUGAUUGAUAGCCAAGAAUUUCGAGAGCCCAAAUUAGACAGUCAGGUGGUGACAAAAUUCCUGCCUGCUCUCAUGUCCCUGAUGGUUGAUGACCAGGUUCGAUCUCUUAACUCAAAACUCCCUCCUGACGAAAGAGAGUCUGCUAUUACCAUCAUUGAGCACUCCGGCCCCCCUCCGGACGCAUGUCAAGCUUAUGUCCAGGAGAGUAGUGUGGCCAGCAUACUGGCCAUGUACUACACCCUGCACUGCGCACGGACCAAGGACCGUGUUGGUCUGAUGAGAGUCCUUGGCACGCUGGCCAACUGCGAAAAUGAUCGGGCCUUCGAAGACCCGUUCCUCCACUCUUUGGUUUCGCUGCUGAUCAAUAAUCCUGACGAAUUUUCCGCAGAGGACUAUUGCACAGUGAUUUUCGAUGAGUUCUUCUUUGCAGGAAUUGCAAGGGAAAAUGUGACCCGCCACUUGUUGAAACUCCUCUGGUACGUUCAUGCCAAACUCCCCACUAACAGACUGGAAACCUUAGUGAAAGCAGUUCAUCCGACGUCUCAGCAUAACACAGAUGUACAUUUAUUGUAUGAGAGUCUGCAAGCCAAACUGGAGGCGCUUCAAAACGACAACCCUGAUGAUGGUUUUGCCAAAGCUGAAGAUUUUGAGUCUCCCUUAAUGAGUGUGCCAACACCUGCACCAUUGGCGUAGGCUUUUCACUGUGCAUUAUUUUCUCAGUCUAUAUUUGUUUAGGAUAAGGUGGAUUUAACCGUGUAUAUUGGUGAAAAAAUAAAUUUUUAUACAAAAGCGGA